AUGAGUAUUGAUAAGGGGAAGGUGUCACCAGAGAGCCUUGUCAAAGAUGAAGUCGAGCAAAUUGAAGACAUUGAGCCCGUCAAGCUACGCAACGAUCAAUCAGAGUUGAGCAGUAUUGAAUCAACAGCUGCAUCGAAGGCAGCCUGGCUGAUCUCAAUCGUUGUCUCCAUUGGCGGCCUCUUAUUCGGAUAUGACACGGGCUAUAUCUCAGCAGUUCUGGUUACGAUAGACACAUCAUUGGGCCACGUCCUUAGUUCUAAGGAGCAAGAGAUGGUUACCUCGUUGACAAGCGGCGGCGCUUUGGUAGGCGCAAUUGGGGCAGGUCUCACUGCUGAUCGCUUCGGUCGCCGCUGGCCCAUCUGGGGAGCUUGUUUGCUAUUCGUUACUGGAACCGUAAUUCAAACAUGCGCUUAUUCUGUUGCGCAAUUUGCGACGGGAAGAUUUGUUGUUGGACUUGGAGUGGGAGGCGCAGCCAUGGUUGUUCCCCUCUAUAUUGGAGAGCUGGCACCGGCUAAACAUCGGGGUCGCAUGGUUGCAUUCAACAAUAUGAGUGUCACGUUUGGACAAUUUCUUGCAAGCGCAUUAGGUGCCGGUUUUGCCAAUGUCAAGGGUGAAGGGUGGCGAGCAACAGUCGGGAUUGGAGCUGCUCCAGCCAUUGUUCUUGCUGGACUUCUCUUUUUCUGUCCCGAGUCCCCUCGUCAGUUAGUAUCACAUGGCCAACAUUCCGCAGCAAAAGCUGUCCUCCAAAGAAUCUACCCCAAGUCUACUGAGGAGCAACGGCAAGCAAAAAUCCUCUCCAUCGAAUUAUCUCUAAAUGAAGCUACUCAUGCAAUGGCUGAAGAUUCUCUAUGGAUCAGCUUUAAGCGCAUUUUUACUACUCCUGCGACCGGUCGUGCUGUGUUGACAGCGUGUGUGACCAUGGCAAUCAGCCAACUUGGCGGAUUCAACACCCUGAUGUACUAUGCCGCGACGCUGUUUUCAAUUGUCGGAUUCGAUAAUCCUACUGCAGUUGGAAUUACAGUUUCGGGUACGAAUUUUGUGUUUUCGAUCGUGAAUCUGGUACUUGUGGAUAGACUUGGGCGAAGGAUCAUUUUAUCCGUGACCGUCCUAGGAAUGGCCAUCUGCAUGAUGGUUGCAGUGAUCGCUUUCCGCUAUAUCCCAGUCAACACCGAUACACUAGAACUUGAAACUGCCCACGUAGGAUGGCCUGGCACUCUGGUACUUGUUGCUAUCAUCUGUUAUGUUGCGUGCUAUUCCUCUGGGGUUGCUACGAUUGCAUGGAUUGGCACAGAAUUGAUCCCUCUCGAGGUCCGAGCUAUUGGUACUAUGCUGAAUACUGUCACAUGCUGGAGCACUAACAUAAUCAUUGCAUCGACCUUCUUGUCUAUGAUGAAAAGCUGGACCCCAAGUGGGGCUUUCGGGUUCUACACAGGUAUUUGUUUUAUAGGCUGGCUGUUUGUGAUUUUCUUCUACCCCGAAUGUAAAGGAAUGCCACUGGAGGCUGUUAGAGAAGUCUUCGGUAGCGGCUUCGGAGUGCGAUAUUCAAAGAAGUGGCAAAAAGAACACAAAAAUGACGACAAGACAACAAUGGUGACUUUCGGCCAUUAA